AUGAAUUUUAUUAAAGUUGAUAUUGACAAAGAAGGUGGUCAAAUUUCCAUCUUUAAUAACGGAAAAGGAAUUCCUAUUGAAAUGCACAAUGAUCAAAAAAUCUACGUACAUGUACCUCAACUGCAUCUUACAAAUUAUGAUGAUAAGAAAAAGAUGUUUCUGGUGGUUGUAAUGUUUCGGAACAUGAUCGUAAUCGAACAACCAAUUAUCACUGCUUGUCCUAAAGGUGAAUACACGGUGGUCAGAUUUUCAAGUUUAAUAUGGCUCGGUAUGAUGAUGACAUUAUUGCCUCUUAAAAAAGCGUAUAUACGAUAUGGCGGGGUGUGUUGA